AAGAAAAAAAAAAUCCAUCACAAGUCACAAGCUACUCCUACACACACUCUCUCUCUAAAACCCUUCCUCUCUCUCUCUCUCUCUCUCUAGAUUUCUUUCUUUAUCAGCUCAACUGAUCCAAUUCUCUCUGAUUCCUCUCCUGAAUUCAUCUAUGGAUCUGCCAUUUCCUUCUCCAACAAGAUCUUCUGAAGCGCAAAUUUAGCCAAACCGCCUGCUGGGUGUCCCUCUGAUCGGUUCAAACUUUCCGGGAAAACGCGAGAAAGCGAGAGAAAAAUGAAGGUGCCGUGCUGUUCGGUGUGCCAAACGCGGUACAACGAGGAGGAGAGGGUCCCACUCCUGCUCCAAUGCGGGCACGGCUUCUGCAAGGAGUGCCUCUCGCGGAUGUUCUCGGCGAGCCCGGACUCCACGCUUCCGUGCCCUCGGUGCCGCCACGUGUCAGUCGUGGGGAACUCCGUCCAGGCGCUGCGGAAAAACUACGCUAUCUUGGCGCUCCUCAGCUCGCCGGCUUCGAACCCAUCGGCGGGGGCAAGUUUCGACUGUGAUUAUACGGACGACGAUGACGAUGGUGGUGGUGGUAGUGUUGAUGAUAGUGAUGAUGAUGUGGACGGUGAUGGGAGCCGCCGCUGUAGCCGCGGCUCCCUCGCAUCAAGUUCCACGGCGACGGGCGGGUGCGGGCCGGUGAUCGAGGUCGGGGCGCACCAGGACCUGAAAUUGGUAAGGCGGAUAGGGGAAAGUAGGCGGGCCGGAGUGGAAACGUGGGCUGCAUUGAUUGGUGGCAGGCGGUGCCGGCACCGUGUGGCCGUGAAGAAGGUGGGCGUGCCGGAGGACGUGGAUGUGGAUUGGGUGCUGGGGCAGCUCGAGAGUUUGAGGCGCGCCUCGAUGUGGUGUCGAAAUGUGUGUACGUUUCAUGGGGCAAUGAGGAUGGAAGGGAGUUUGUGUCUUGUGAUGGACAGGUGUUGCGAGUCGGUUCAGUCUGAGAUGCAGCGCAACGAGGGGAGGCUUACUUUGGAGCAAAUCCUAAGAUAUGGGGCUGACAUUGCACGAGGGGUGGCUGAACUCCACGCGGCAGGCGUUGUUUGUAUGAAUCUAAAACCGUCUAAUCUUCUUUUUGAUGCAAGUGGUCGUGCAGUGGUUUCUGACUAUGGACUUGCUGGAAUUCUGAAGAAACCUUCCUGCCGGAAAGCUCGACCAGAGUGUGAUUCCUCAAAAAUUCAUUCAUGUAUGGAUUGUACAAUGCUCAGCCCACAUUAUGCAGCUCCAGAGGCAUGGGAGCCAGUAAAGAAGUCAUUGAAUCUGUUCUGGGAUGAUGGAAUAGGUAUAUCUGCAGAGUCAGAUGCCUGGAGUUUUGGUUGUACGUUGGUCGAAAUGUGCACUGGUUCGAUCCCGUGGUCUGGGUUAAGUGCAGAGGAAAUCUAUCGAGCUGUUGUCAAAGCUCGAAAACUGCCUCCACAGUAUGCAAGUGUAGUAGGUGUUGGGAUACCUGGGGAAUUAUGGAAAAUGAUUGGUGAGUGCCUGCAGUUCAAGGCAUCAAAAAGACCAACUUUUAGUGCAAUGUUAGCAACAUUCCUCCGUCAUUUGAAGGAGAUACCACGCAGUCCUCCUGCCAGCCCUGAUAAUGACUCUGCUAAAUGCUCUGGAUCAAAUUUGACGGAACCAUCUGUUGUAACUGAACCGGAAGGUUUUCCAGAUAACUCAAACCAUUUGCAUCGGCUUGUGUCUGAAGGGGAUGUGGGUGGUGUUAGAGAUUUGCUUGGGAAGGCUGCAUCAGGAAAAAUUAACAGCUCAAUAUCUUUACUAUUACAAGCUCAAAAUGCUGAUGGCCAAACUGCUCUCCACUUGGCUUGUAGACGUGGUAGUGCAGAACUUGUUGAGGCUAUUUUAGAGUACAGAGAGGCAAAUGUGGAUGUUCUGGAUAAAGAUGGGGAUCCUCCACUUGUCUUUGCAUUAGCAGCUGGAUCACCAGAAUGUGUCUGUGCUCUGAUUAAAAGAGGUGCUAAUGUGAAAUCAAGGUUGAGGGAAGGCCUUGGUCCGUCUGUUGCUCAUGUUUGUGCCUACCAUGGCCAACCCGACUGCAUGCGUGAGUUACUAUUGGCUGGAGCUGAUCCUAAUGCAGUGGAUGAUGAAGGGGAAUCUGUGCUGCACAGAGCUGUUGCCAAGAAAUAUACGGACUGUGCUCUGGUCAUAUUGGAAAAUGGAGGCUGUAGAUCAAUGGCUGUUUUGAAUUCAAAGAAUUUGACACCAUUGCAUUUGUGUGUGGCAACAUGGAAUGUGACUGUUGUCAGAAGGUGGGCCGAAGUUGCAACUGUGGAAGAGAUUGCUGAUGCAAUUGAUAUACCGAGUCCAGUUGGCACUGCACUGUGUAUGGCGGCUGCUGUAAAGAAAGAUCAUGAAAUUGAGGGGAGAGAACUGGUGCAGAUAUUGCUUGCUGCUGGGGCAGAACCUACUGCCCAAGAUGCUCCACAUGGGCGGACAGCUUUGCAUGCAGCUGCAAUGGCUAAUGAUGUUGAGCUGGUCAAGAUUAUUCUUGAUGCUGGAGUUGAUGUGAACAUCCGGAAUGUGCACAACACAAUUCCUCUUCAUGUGGCAUUGGCCAGAGGGGCAAAGUCAUGUGUUGGAUUGCUUCUAUCUGCAGGGGCAAACUGUAAUUUGCAGGAUGAUGAAGGUGACAAUGCUUUCCAUAUAGCAGCAGAUGCAGCAAAAAUGAUCCGUGAAAAUCUUGAAUGGCUCAUUGUCAUGCUUAGAAAUCUGGAUGCUGCUGUUGAGGUCAGAAACCACAGUGGCAAGACUUUAAGGGACUUUUUGGAGACCCUUCCCCGGGAAUGGAUUUCUGAAGAUCUGAUGGAGGCACUUGUGAAUAGGGGAGUUCAUCUGUCUCCUACAAUAUUUGAAGUAGGAGACUGGGUUAAAUUUAAAAGAAGUAUCACAGCUCCUAAAUAUGGGUGGCAAGAUGCAAGACACAAAAGUGUGGGAUUUGUGCAAAGUGUCCCCGACAAGGACAAUCUCAUUGUGUCUUUUUGUUCUGGAGAAGCUCGUGUUUUGGCAAAUGAAGUUAUAAAAGUAAUGCCAUUAGACAGGGGACAGCAUGUCCAGCUAAAACCUGACGUCAAAGAGCCCAGGUUUGGUUGGCGUGGGCAGUCACGUGACAGUAUUGGAACUGUACUAUGUGUUGAUGAUGAUGGGAUCCUGCGUGUUGGGUUUCCUGGAGCAUCCAGAGGAUGGAAGGCUGAUCCUGCAGAAAUGGAAAGAGUUGAGGAAUUCAAAGUCGGGGACUGGGUUCGUAUUCGCCCCACUCUUACAACAGCAAAGCACGGUCUAGGAUCUGUAACACCUGGGAGCAUUGGUAUAGUGUAUUGUGUCAGACCAGAUAGUAGUUUGUUGCUGGAAUUGAGCUAUCUUCCAAAUCCAUGGCAUUGUGAACCAGAGGAGGUUGAGCCUGUUCCCCCCUUCAGGAUUGGUGAUCGGGUAUGUGUCAAGCGAUCUGUUGCAGAACCUAGAUAUGCUUGGGGUGGUGAGACGCACCAUAGUGUUGGAAGAAUAAGCGAGAUAGAGAGUGAUGGUCUCUUAAUAAUUGAAAUACCAAAUCGACCAAUACCAUGGCAGGCUGAUCCUUCUGACAUGGAAAAGGUGGAAGACUUUAAGGUUGGGGAUUGGGUUAGAGUGAAAGCUUCUGUAUCCUCUCCAAAAUACGGGUGGGAGGACAUUACAAGGAACAGCAUUGGGAUAAUCCAUAGCUUGGAGGAGGAUGGUGAUAUGGGUGUCGCCUUCUGCUUCAGGAGCAAGCCUUUUUGUUGCUCUGUGACAGAUGUGGAGAAGGCCUCCCCUUUUGAAGUAGGGCAAGAGAUUCAUAUGAUACCAUCUGUUACUCAGCCGCGACUUGGGUGGUCAAAUGAAACUCCCGCUAGCGUUGGAAAAAUUGUGAGAAUUGACAUGGAUGGCGCUUUGAAUGUGAGAGUGGCUGGCCGACAGAGCUUGUGGAAAGUAUCUCCUGGAGAUGCAGAGCGACUUUCCGGAUUUGAAGUUGGUGAUUGGGUACGUUCAAGACCAAGCCUGGGAACUAGACCAAGUUAUGACUGGAAUAGUAUUGGAAAAGAAAGUUUAGCUGUUGUGCAUAGUGUACAAGAGACGGGCUAUCUAGAGUUAGCUUGCUGUUUCCGUAAAGGGAGGUGGAUUACUCAUUACACAGAUGUUGAAAAGGUCUCUUGCUUUAAAGUUGGGCAGUAUGUUCGGUUCCGCUCUGGACUGGUUGAGCCAAGGUGGGGCUGGAGAGGAGCUCAGCCUGAUUCACGAGGCAUUUUAACUAGUGUCCAUGCUGAUGGGGAAGUGAGGGUCGCUUUUUUUGGUUUGUCAGGGUUGUGGAGAGGAGAUCCUGCGGAUCUUGAGAUAGAGCAAAUGUUUGAAGUGGGAGAGUGGGUGAGAUUGAGAGAUAAUGCAAGUAAUUGGAAAUCCAUUGGGCCAGGUAGUGUUGGUGUGGUACAAGGGAUCGGAUAUGAAGGAGAUGAAUGGGAUGGAACCAUUUAUGUUGGAUAUUGUGGGGAGCAAGAAAGGUGGGUGGGGCUUCCUUCCCAACUUGAAAGAGUGUACAGACUCGUGGUUGGCCAGAAAGUCAGGGUUAAACUAUCUGUAAAGCAACCGAGAUUUGGGUGGUCAGGCCACAGCCACGGAAGUGUUGGAACCAUAUCUGCAAUUGAUGCAGAUGGAAAGCUGAGAAUAUAUACUCCAGCUGGAUCAAAAACUUGGAUGCUGGAUCCAUCAGAAGUAGAGCUAGUAGGAGAGGAGGAGCUUCGCAUCGGAGACUGGGUUAGGGUCAGGGCAUCAAUUUCUACCCCAACCCACCAAUGGGGUGACGUGAGUCAUUCAAGCAUGGGGGUGGUGCACCGGAUGGAAGAUGGAGAACUUUGGGUAGCAUUUUGCUUCACGGAGAGGCUCUGGCUUUGCAAGGCUUGGGAGAUGGAACGGAUUAGGCCAUUCAAAGUGGGGGACAAGGUGAGGAUUAGAGAUGGGCUGGUGUCACCACGCUGGGGGUGGGGAAUGGAGACGCAUGCGAGUAAGGGACAAGUGGUGGGGGUAGACGCAAACGGGAAGUUAAGGAUUAAGUUUCGAUGGAGAGAAGGGAGGCCAUGGAUUGGAGAUCCGGCAGAUAUAGUUCUUGAUGAGAGCUCAUUUGGCACAAUGGGCACUUCAUGACACCCUUCCAACCUUUAUUCCUUCCUGUUGUCUCAGCCUUAGGGGGUUUUUGGCCUUUCAGCUCAUUUAGAAAGGUGGAGGCCAUUGCUAUGCACCUUGCAACUCGACUCGACGUAUCUUGAACCAUACCUUGGUUGCAAAGGGCCCUGUGACAACGAGAUUUACAUGUUAAUAAACAGGAGAGUACAAGGGAUGGCCAGGACAAAGAAUGGGGAGAAAUUGGGUUGCCUUUCUGUUAAUUAUAGGAGAUACCAGGGCAGCCAAGAGUAAAGGUGCAGCAGGCCAUUUGUAUUUCAUAGAUGAUGUUUGUAGUUGACAAGCUUUUGAGGUAUAUAUUUGGUUAUUUAUAUUGUUGUACAAAUCGAACCCUUUGAUCUUGUGAGUUAAUUACAUUUUUGUCUUUCAGCAA